AUGACAGCUACAUCUUCUGGUGAUUUUAAAAAGCUGUUCAAGAACUACGCCUUAAACCAUCAUGAAGAGGAAUUGUUAAGGAUUAUGAAAAUCAAAGAUGAUACCCGGCAUGUGUCAGUCACGGUGAAUUUUGUCACAUUAUUUGAGACCAGCACGGAACUCGGAGAUGGAAUUCUAUCCAGACCCUCAAUUGUGUUGCCAAUCUGUGACCGAGCGCUCGUCUUAGCUCAAACAGAACUUAGGGAGCGGCAAGAUGACAAAGACUCACUCAUUGUCAAGAGCAAAGUCCACGCCAGGAUGACUGCCCUGCCAGUUUGUCCGGAGCUUCACAGGACGGUGUUCCCCAAAGGGGAGGACGUCGGGUCUUUCCUACGAGUGGUGGGAACUGUCGUCCGCACAGCGGCUCCAAAGAUGCUGGAGUUUCAACGGACUUACAUCUGCGCCAAGUGCAAACAUCAGACUAAUGUUAAGGCAGAUUACGAGAAGUAUUACGUGAUUUCUGCGCCCAGCGGUUGUGGCAACCCUGAAGGCUGCAAGAGUACCACCUUAACAGCAGUGAAAGCCAUGGACCACUUCAGCUACAAAGACUAUCAAGAAAUAAAAAUUCAGGAGCAAGUGGGCAAGCUGGGGAUGGGGACGAUCCCUCGGUCCAUGUGGGUCACGUUGGAGGACGACCUGGUAGACUCUUGCAAACCUGGAGACGAUGUAGUGAUAUGUGGCACAGUGCUGCGACGGUGGAAGCCACUGAACUUCGGAGCGCGAUGUGACAUUGAGAUGGUCCUCUCGGCCAAUCAGCUAGAGGUAUGCAACGACCAAAGAUCCAAUGUCCUUAUCACCCAGGACGUGAGAGACGCCUUUGCGGCUUACUGGCAAGACAACUCCCACAGGCCUCUGCAAGCUAGGAAUCUCAUCCUGGCAUCCAUGUGUCCUCAGGUGUAUGGACUGUACCUAGUGAAGCUGUCUGUGGCCCUGGUACUGGCUGGAGGUGUAGGCAGACAGGAGGGAGAGGAGGGCUCUAGACUGAGGGGAGAGUCUCACAUGUUACUAGUGGGCGAUCCUGGUACCGGCAAGUCUCACAUUCUCAAUUUCGCCGCCAGAAUGUGCCCACGUAGUGUGCUCACGACGGGAAUCGGAUCUACUUCCGCAGGUCUCACUGUCACAGCUGUAAGAGAAGAUGGUGAAUGGCAGUUGGAGGCAGGAGCAUUAGUGUUGUCAGACGGCGGGAUUUGUUGCAUUGAUGAGUUCAACUCUAUCAGAGAACAUGAUCGAACUUCUAUACACGAGGCGAUGGAACAACAAACUAUCAGUGUGGCUAAGGCAGGACUGGUGUGUAAGCUGAACACGAGGUGUACAGUGUUGGCCGCUACCAACCCCAAGGGACAGUAUGACCCUACACAACCACUGACUGUCAACAUUGCCAUAGCCAGUCCUCUGCUUAGUCGCUUUGACCUGGUGCUUGUAAUGCUCGAUUGUCGCAAUCCAGAUUGGGACAGGAUAGUGUCCGGUUUCAUCCUUGAAGGGAAGGAUCCAGCUUGUCUCAAAUCCAACUCUUUGUGGGCCUUGGAGAAGCUACAGGCUUACCUGAGUGUAAUAAAAACUCUGCAGCCUCGUAUGGGAGAAGGAGCCAACCGUAUACUAAGCAGAUAUUACCAGGAGCAAAGACGGAUGGCUGCCCGCAAUACAGCUCGCACCACUGUACGACUGUUGGAAAGUCUAGUGAGACUAUCCCAGGCUCACGCCAAGCUGAUGUUCCGCUCAGAAGUGACUGUGUUGGAUGCAGUUGUCACUGUGGCUCUGAUGGAGUCAAGUAUGCAGAGUACGGCUCUGAUCAGUGAAAUAAACAUUCUACACACCAGCUUCCCGUCAGAUCCGAUAGACGAGUACUCCCACCAAGCCGAACUGAUCUUGAAUAAGCUACAGCUUUACGAUCUAUUGGAGGCAGAAAGAGUUUUAAUACAAGAAAUGAAAAAAAGUAGUAAAACACCUUUACAUAAAACCAAAGGAAAAGAUGUUAAAUUGCAUUUUAAAACCAUGAAAGAAAAUAGUCAAUUGUCAGAAAAUGAAGACCUGAAUGAAGUUUUGAAUCCCGAGACAAAAGUAACAUUGUUUGAAACCUCAAGCUCAAACGUCCACAACGAUGUUGAGAAACUGGUGUUUCCAACUUCAUCAAAGGUUUCUGAAAAACUCAGUGAAGUCCUUGCAAGCAUAAGACGGGCAAGAGAAAGAAACGCAUUUGAAGCAACUCAGCAUGUAAAUUUGAAAGCAGGUAAAAAGGCGUUGCAAAAAAAUAAGCGUAAGCAAAAAGAAGUCUCAAAAAGUAAAAGUAAAACAGAAGAAGCUGAUGGCAGCGACUCAGACCCAUUAGAUUCAAAUUUCUUGGACAUAACAAUUUCGCCCAUUAAGGAUACUAAAAAUAGUAAAAAGAAAAGUAAAAGUAAUAACUCUGAAUCAAAAGCAAACAAAAAGAAAGUAAUGAAAACUCCUGCUAAGUCUAGCUGUGGUACGGAAACAAGUUCAUCAAAUUCAAAGUCUAAAGUUACUAAUAAAUCCAUCAAAGAAAUUUCUAAAAUGAAUAAAAUUCCAAACCAAAAGGCCUUCAACAUAGAAUCUGCUGUACAAUCUGAUUCUGAGUCAGAUAAUGAUGUUUUUGAUUUAGUUGACAAUAUCAAAGUACAAAGUAGUGAAAGAAAUGCAAUGUCCGCUUUAAAUGAUACUUCAAAAGACAGUUUACCCACAGGGAGUCAUAGCUCUAAUAAUAUAUCUUAUCAUGAAAAAGCUACUGUAGACAAAACAGAAAAUACAUUAGUAAUGAACAAUAACAGUGAAAAGAACGAAGACACGAAUUCAUCAAAAGCUCAGCCAAAAGAAAUUGUAGUUGAACACCAAAAAGGCGAAGAAAAAGAAAAACACAAAAGCAAAAUCUGUAAAAGGCAAUCUCAUGAGAAUAGUAUCUUAGAUCCUAAAUUCGACGAGAUAUGUGCAAACGGAGCAAGUAAAAACAACAUCAGAGACAAACUAGAUGUUUUUUUGAAAAGAAAAUUUGAGUUCAAACCUUCAAGUAAUGGCAAAAAAUUCAAGCAUGAUGUUGAAUCGGAUGGAAUCAGCACAGCUCCAACUAAUUCCGAUUGUAUUGAUGCGGAAAAAAUAUCUGCGUUAACUCCUGAUAGAACGAAAGAAAAUAAUAUCACUAGCAGCAUUAAUUCAAAUCCUCAAAUAUCUCCAAUUAGAACUGAAAAUGUCAAAGUAAGUGUCAAAACUCUUAGUAAAUUGUCCAUGUUUUCAGCCAAAAGAGAUUCAAACACCACAAAAACUCCUGUGAAAUCUCCAACACCCAAAGAUGAAGGAGAUAAGUUAAGCUUGGAUGAAAAAGAUAGCGAAAGUGAUCACGAUUUUAAUAUAACAACUUACUGUGAUUUAGAAAUCAGUAAAAGCUGUGAAAGUGAACCUGUUGAAGACAGUGAGGAUAAAGCUGAAAUGUCCAUAAAAUGUUCCCAGAAAAAUUCAGUACCUCUGAGCGAUUACUCGCAACCGUUUUCAUUGCAAGACGGAGAUGAAAAUUUAGACAAUAUUGAUUUUGACUUGUAG